ACCACAAGACACAGCACUUAGUUCGUGUGAGUCAGUCGACGGAAAUUGUAGCUACAGGUGUGUACUUUUUAUCUUCUUUUGAAAAAAAAAAAGGAGACGUGUAACAAAGCAAGAAGACAGCACUAAUCUGCCAACAUUUUCAAGGUUGACUGCUGGGGGAAAGUCUCUGAACGAAACAUGCUUAUUCCCAGCCGUGGAUGUGACAGUCUUCAGUAGGUUACUACAAUAUUUCGUGCCUCAGGGAACAACACGGUGAAGCGCACGCGAUGGAGUUUCAGCUCGUGCUCACGUGCCUGCUGUUCAGCUUUCACCUGCACGCAGGAACGUCACAGAGCUUGAGCUCUGGUUCAGUUUCGAACUGCUGUGAAGGCGAUGUCUUGUUCCUGCUGGAUUCUUCAGGAAGUGUGUCCAUGUUUGAGUUUUCACACAUGCUAAACUUCCUGUCAGAGCUUAUGCAGCCUUUUUCUCUGGGCCCUGAUCAGGUGAGGAUGGCACUGUUGCAGGUUAGCACCAAACCUCACCUGGAGUUUGGCUUCGAGGCUUAUACCAGGCAGCAGGACCUUCAGGUAGCACUGCAGAGGACUCAGAAACUUGGAGGAGACACCAAUACAAAUGAAGCUCUUCUGAUUGCUAAGGAGGAGGUAUUGAAGCAGGGUAUCCCAGGAGGAGCCAGAGAAGGACUGCCGAGAGUCCUGGUGUGGCUUACUGACGGUGUGCAGCCUGGAAACGUGCAGCAAACCAUGGCUGAGCUGCGGGACGAGGGUGUCUAUGUGCUGACCGUGUCCACUGGUCAAGGGAACUACCAGGUACUAAGGGAUGUUGUGAGUCCACCUAUUGAGGAUCAUCUGCACUUUGUGGAUAUUGAAGACAUGAAUAUCAUCACUGAGGACUUGAGGAAUGCCAUCAUUGAAAUCAUUCGUGCUAAGAGGCUGCAGGUCCAAGACAUCACCCCUACUAGUGCAGUGUUACACUGGAGACCUGUGUUUGCAGGUACCGGGUACUAUGACAUCCGGUUUGGACCUAUUCACUCAGGACAUGAAGGGGAUUCGGUAGACAGUGGUACGGACCAAAGCAAAGCUAUAGGCCACUAUCAGAGGAUCACCCGCCCUCCCAACUCCAGCUCUGCCAAGCUGAGCAACCUACGUCCGGACACCACAUACAAUGUCACACUAAUCCCACACUCCAACUUAGAAUUCUUUAACACCCUACAUGCCACCUUCACCACGCAUCCAGAGAUCCAGAGCCCAGCGCAAGUGACGGUUUCUGAGUCGACCAUGACCAGUGUGAGAUUGAGCUGGGGGCCGCUGCAGCCUGAUUCUGUACAGACUUAUCAGGUGGAGUACUCCACCCUUCCUACAGGGAAACUCCACGUGCUCACGGUUAAUAACAGGCAGAACUCGACGGUACUGACGAACCUGCAGCCUGGGACACAGUACCUGGUCACCGUGAGCGCCAGCUAUUUCUCUGGCAAAGAGAAAGCCAUGUCUGUCAAAGCAUGCACUCAAGAAGUAUUGCCAGCGCUUGCAGAUCUACAUCUCACUAUGGUAGGAAAUGACUCAGUGCUGGUCAAGUGGAAAGGAGGUGAUGAAGGUUUACGUGGUUACUGGCUGACGUGGGAAGGCGAAUCUGUACAAUCCUCUAGGCAGCGUUCCACUUUGUAUCUGCCACCCCACCUCCUCUCUACUACACUUACCCAUGUACCCCACAACGCCCGUGUCUGUGUCUCCCCUGUUUACAAGUCAGCUCGGGGAGAAGGGCUUUGCUGUACAGCUCACUUCCGCUCAGCUGCAUUUACUUGGAAUCACAACUUGUAGCCCUGCCAGACAGAUGGAUGCAGAGCUGAAAACCAUACCACAGAUGGAAAAAGGGGAAGAGAAAAAGUUAUCACUCAUACAGUUAUAGCACUUGUCCAUAGAGAGGUGCUCUAAAGCAAUACGCCAACGCAAACUGCACUGAAUAGACAAACUGAAGUAACUGAAAUCUACGAACACACCGUGCAUGCAUCUUAAACACAAACAAGAAAGAAAAACUGGGAGUGUAAACGCACUUAAGUUGGUGAUGAAACCAUUCUGUCCAAUGAGAACAUCAAUCUAAAGCAUGCAGCUGUCUAUUGUGUGUGUAUAUUGGUAAUAAAAUUCAAUUAAAUAGCUUGUCUAAUUUCCCCAUACAUUUUAUGUUUAAAAAGGGAACAAUUAAAUAUUUUGAAUAGUUUAGUUAACUUGGGACACACACCUUGCUAAAAUUGCACAUCUAAACCACUGCCUGAAAGUAAAGUGUGUGUUGUCAGUUGUGUACUGUUAAGAAGUAUGAUUAAGGCUAUUUAUCCCGUUGGUUCGUAGAUGUGCUCCCAGUAUACCCCUACCUUACAUGUGGCAGUGUUUUUCCUGGUUCAAAUCAUCUACUAAUUAACACACCCAUCCUGUGUUGACAUGGGUGUGCUUGUGCAGGGAAAACCUUUUUUAAAAAAUUAAAAGUGCAGGGCAUGGGUUCUGCAGGAUCAGGGUUAGAAACCACUCAUUUAAGCCACCUUACUUAUCUCACUUUUGAAAUUGUCAGGUUGAUGAAAAUAAGGAACAGAUUUUGAGUGCUUCGUAGCUACUAAUGAGAGGGUGUAACAGAUGUUUUGUGGUCAAGAAGGGCCUUAAUCAGUUUCCAGAAAAUUUCCGAGGCACAGUCCACUACCCACACACAACAACUUGGGGAUAUACAAUGCCUUGCAAAAGUACUCCCCCCCGGCUUUUUACCCCAUUUUGUUACAUUACAACCUGUAAUUUACAUUUUUUUAAAUCUGAAUUUUAUGUAAUGGAUCUACACAAAGUUGAUAAAGUGAAAUGAGUAAAAAAAUAAAUUUUAAAUAAAAAAAAAAGAAAAUUGGCAUGUGCAUACAUAUUCACCCCCUUUGCUAUGAAGCCCCUAAAAAGUUCUGGUGCAACCAAUUACCUUCAGAAGUCACAUAAUUAGUGAAAUAAAGCCCACCUGUGUGCAAUCUAAACGUCAUAUGAUCUGUCAGUAUAUAUACACACACCUUUUCUGAAAGGCCCCAGAGGCUGCAACACCACUAACCAAACACCAUGAAGACUAAGGAGCUCUCCAAACAAAUCAGGGUUGGGUUAUUAACAACAACAACAAAAAAAAUCCAACUCUUUGAUGAUCCCCUGGAGCACCAUCAAAUCCAUCAACAUCAAAUGGAAAGAACAUGGUACCACAACAAACCUGCCAAGAGAGGGCUGCCCACCACAACUCACGGACCGGGCAAAGAGGGCAUUAAUCAGAGAGGCAGCACGGAGACCAAAGGUAACUCUGAAGGAGCUGCAAAGUUCCACAGUAGAGACUGGAGUAUCUGUCCAUAGGACCACAAUAAGCCGUACACUCCACAGAGCUGGGCUUUAUGGAAGAGUGGCCAGAAAAUGUCAGUGGUUAAGAAAACAUGCUUGGAGUUUGCCCAACAGCAUGUGGCAGACUCCCCAAACACAUGGAAGAAGAUUCUCUGGUCAAACAAGACUAAAAUUUAACUUUUUGGCCAUCAUGGGAAAUGCCAUGUGUGGUACAAACCCAACACCCUGAGAACACCAUUCGUACAGUGAAGCAUGGUGGUGGCAGUAUCAUGCUGUGGGGAUAUUUUUCAUCUGCAGGGACAGAAAAGCUGGUCAGGACUGAAGGAAAGAUGGAUGGCACUAAAUACAGGGCAAUUCUGGAGGAAAACCUGUUUGAGUCGGCCAGAGGUUCGAGAGUGGGACGAAGGUUCAUGUUCCAGUAGGACAAUGACCCUAAACAUACUGCUAAAGUGACACUGGAGUGGUUUAAAGGGAAACAUUUACAGUAAAUGUGUUGGAAGGGCCAGGUCAAAGCCCAGACCUAAAGCCAAUUGAGAAUCUGUGGUCAGACUUGAACAUUGCUGUUCACCAACAGAAUCCAUCCAACUUGAAGGAGCUGGAGCAGUUUUGCCUUGAAGAAUGGGCAAAAAUCCCAGUGGCUAGAUGGGGCAAGCUCAGAGACUUACCCAAAGUGACUUGCAGCUAUAACUGCCACAAAAGGUGGCUCUACAAAAGUACUGACAUUGGGGGGGGGUGAAUAGUUAUGCAUGUUGAAGUUUUAUUUUGUCCUAUUUGUUUGCUUCACAAGUUAAAAUAAAUAAUUCACAUCCUCAAAGUUGUAGGCAUGUUCUGUAAAUGAAAUUAUGCAAACUCUCAAUCCGUUUUAAUUCCAGGUUGUGAGGCAACAAAACCCAAAAAAUGCCAAGGGGUGAAUACUUUUGCAAGGCACUGUAUAUAAAGAUUUGAUUUUAUACCCUACUCCUGCAUCCCGUCCUUUUAUUUGCUUUGCACAUUUACAGCAUGGGAUGUGGCGCAGAAGUCCUCUACUGCCACCUUGUGGAUCAUCAGGAGAUGAUGCUUUUUGUGGAUACAUUCUAUUAUUUUUUAAACUAUUUGAUCAGUUGGCAUAAUGACCACAUUAUGAAGAGUUGCUUUAAAACAAUAUACAUGUAAAUACAGUAGUUUUACUGGGAAUUCAGCACCUUUUUAGUUAACGCCUACUGUUCGCCAAACUUCUCAUUAUGCUAUUUUAAUAUGUGGAGUGUUAGUCAACAGAUAACAGGUGUAUUGCAUUACUACAAAAAAAAUAAAUAAAUCCUAUACAUAUUUAAGUGAUGUACAAGACUCCCCAAAUUUUAUUG